GACCUCAUCUGUCGAUUGGACCCCUGUCCCGCUGGUUGAUGUGAUGCCUGCGAAAGGCAAUGGUACGGUACCUCAGCUGCCCGCCUCCCCCCUCCUUCGCCGCGCUCCACUCGCACUGGUCGUCUCGCACCCCUUUUUCUGCCGUCUUUGUUCUGCUUCGCUACUCGCUAGACUUUCCUUCGUUCGUCCAGGAAGCCCCAGGCGACGGCCACGGCCACGGACGCCCGCAAUUUCCAUCACAAACCCGUCGACCAGUGGCAUGGCCGCUACCGCCCCCCCUGCUCCCUAUAGUUUCUCCCGUUCUGGUUAAGCCGCGAGCUGCAGGGGGGUGGCAGCUCUGGGCCUAGCCAAGGUGCUGAAAUCCCCUCGCCCGGCUGUGCGAGGUCCCAGGCCCUCGGCCCACUCCAGCCAGGCCAGGACCGGCCGAGAUGCUCGGGCCUGCAGCCCUGCAGCCGCCGAGUAUGGGGCUUUGCUAUAGUGCCUGCCAUAAGACGGGGCGGGAGAUGAGGGUCGCAGAGUAGCAUCGGAGGCACGCUGCCAGCUGUGCCCAUGUCAGCGGUAUAAAGGAAUCCGUGCCGCCGCUGGAUCCCUUCUCGUCAGUUCCCUUAGCCCCACGGUUCUCCAACCCUCACAUUCGUUUCCGCCCACCACCAAGCUUGGUGCUGUGUUGGCUUCCUUGGGGUAUUUUUACCCUGUCCUUCGUUUUACUCGCCGCUCACGGCAGCAUCUGCCAGCAUGAGGUCCACGCAACAGAGCACCUUUACGGUGCUCUCGGCCCUGGCCGCCGUCACCAACGCCGGUCUCGUCCGCCGACUCCCCCCAGCCGCCACCCCUCCCGCGGGUUGGGCUUACCAGGGAUGCUAUGUUGAUGUCGGACGCACCCUGACUCUGGCCGCCACGGCCUCGGGUACCAUGACGGCACAGGCAUGCAUCAGCUUCUGCACUUCCAAGGGUUUGCAGUUUGCUGGUACCGAGUACCAUAACGAGUGCUACUGUGGCAGCCAGAUUGCUCCGACUGCCAACAAGGUGGCCGACUCCGAAUGCUCGACGGCUUGCUCAGGAGACGCCACUCAGGGCUGCGGUGGGCCUAGUCGUCUUACCAUCUACUAUAGCGCCCAGCCUGUCGGUCCCCAGCCCAACCCAUCGGUGAACGGCUUCAACCAUGUCGGAUGCUACACCGAGGGAACGAACACGCGUGCGCUGGGAACUGGAGGCGGUGUUCCCGCUGCCAACGUGGAUGCCACCACCUGCACGGCGGCCUGCCAGGCCAAGGGCUUCAUUCUUGCUGGCGUUGAGUACGGCGGCGAGUGCUACUGCGGCAACUCCCUUGGCGCUGGCUCGGUGCCGGCUUCGAGCGGCUGCAACACCAUCUGCAACGGCAACCCGAACGAGAUUUGUGGAGGCGCCAGCAGGCUCAACCUUUACAACUACCAGAACCAGUUCCCCAUCUCUUCGUCCAGCAGCCAGGCAAACACUGCUUCUAGUGCUACCGCAGCGGCUUCGGAGUCCGGUACUGUCACACUAGCCGGUUCCGAAACCGUGUCAUCAACCCCUGCUGCAGCCACCCCCACCGCUCCGGGCCAGCCAGCCAUCGUCGGAGCGUACAAGUGGUACGGCUGCCAGACCGAGGCCACCGGUGCCCGCGCUCUGGGCGCCCUCACCCGGGCUGACGAUCUGAUGACACUUGAGAUGUGUGCGAGCGUCUGCGCUGGCUACACCUACUUCGGCGUCGAGUAUGCCCGGGAAUGCUACUGCGGCAACAGCUUUGCGGCUGGCUCUGUGGCUGCCCCUGCCUCGGAGUGUAGUUUCACCUGCCCCGGCAACCAGUUCCAGUACUGCGGAGCUGGCAACCGUCUCUCGGUCUAUUCGCUCAACGGCCCGGCCAGCUCUUCGAGCGUUACCGGCACCACCGCAACGGGCACUGCGACGGCCACGACCAGCGCUGCUGUCCCCACCGGCAUGCCCGCCGGCUUCACGUACCAGGGUUGCUGGAUUGAUGGACCUAACGGCCGUGCCCUGCCAGACUACCAGGCUCCCGAUUCGCAGGCCCUCACCCAGGAGUCCUGCGCACAGCUUUGCAACAGCCGCGGCUUCAGCGUCUCGGGCACCGAGUACUCGACCCAAUGCUUCUGCUCCAACGCCGUCUACGCCGGCGGUGCCAAGACGGCCGAGUCGGAGUGCAACAUGCCCUGCUCCGGCAACCCCGCCCAGAAGUGCGGUGCUGGUGGCCGCCUCACCAUCUACAGCAAUGGAGUUCCCCAGACGUUCCAGCCGCCCGCACCCCAGACUGCCGGUCUCGACAACUGGGCCUAUCAGGGCUGCUACGUGGACAACGUGAACGACAAGCGCACAUUCUUCUGGAAGCUCGAGUUCCCUGGCACCAUGACCCCCAAGAUGUGCCUGGACCGCUGCCACAAGUACGGCUAUGCCGCUGCCGGUCUCGAGUACGGCCAGGAGUGCUACUGCGGUGACCCGCAGAACGUCAUUACCCAGGGCUCCACCAAGCGGCCCGAGUCCGAGUGCGGCGUCAUCUGCGCUGGCAACGCCACGGCCAUCUGCGGUGGCGGCUCGCGUCUGACGACCUACUUUUGGACCGGCGCGCCUCUCUACUCGUGGACCUUCCCGGCUACCCCGGCUGCCGGUGCUGGCAAGUACGACCUCCUGAUCGACGGCGUCACCAUCCCCCUGAUUGCGCAGGAGGGCAUUAACGGCAAGGUCGCCUUCCUGUCCAAGUGGGGUACUGGUCCCGGCAACGAGACUGGUGCUUAUGAGCUGGAUAUCUCCAUGAUCCCGACCAACCCUACCGGCGCUUGGAGGACGCUUCAUGUCAAGACCGACGUCUUCUGUGCUGCUGGUGUUACGCUACCCGACCGGGCUGGUCGCAUGCUCAAUAUCGGCGGCUGGUCUGGCGAGUCGACCGAGGGUGUGCGUCUGUUCGCCCCCUCGGGCACCAACGGCGUCCCUGGCACUACCGACUGGCAGGAGAACGUCAACCAGCUCAGCCUGCAGAAGGGCCGCUGGUAUCCGAGCGCCAUGGUCAUGGCCAACGGCUCCGUCAUGGUCAUCGGUGGUCAGGUUGGCUCCAACGGCGCUGCCGUGCCCUCCAUCGAGGUGCUCCCCUUUACGGGCUCCGCACCCGUCUAUAUGGACUGGCUCGACCGCACCAACCCUGACAACCUGUACCCCUUCGUUGCCGUGCUGCCCGGAGGCGGCAUCUUCGUCGCCUACUAUAACGAGGCCCGCAUUCUUGACGAGAGCACCUUUGCUACCACCAAGGAGCUGCCCAUGAUCCCCGGUGCCGUCAACGACGACAAGUCUGGCCGCACGUACCCACUCGAAGGCACCGCCGUGCUCAUGCCCCAGAAGGCGUCCAACGGCUACGCCGACCUUGAGGUGCUCAUCUGCGGUGGCUCUGCCAACGGUAUCUCCAACGCCCUGGACAACUGCGUCACCAUCGCGCCUCAGGCCGCCAACCCUGCCUGGGUCAUGGAGCGCAUGCCCUCGCCUCGCGUCAUGCCCUGCAUUGCUCCUCUGCCUGACGGAACCUACUUUGUUGGCAACGGUGCCAAGGCCGGUGUCGCCGGCUUCGGUCUCGCUACCAACCCCAACCUCAACUCGCUCCUCUAUGACCCGUCCAAGCCCGUUGGCUCGCGCUUUACCGUGGGUGCCAACACUACUAUCGCGCGCAUGUACCAUAGCGAGGCCAUCACUCUUCUUGACGGCCGCGUUCUGAUCUCGGGAUCCGACCCUGAGGAUGGCGUCAACCCGCAGGAGUACCGUGUCGAGGCUUACACGCCCCCGUACCUGCUGACCGGCAAGCCGCGCCCGAGUUUCGCCAUCACCAACAAGGACUGGGCCUGGGGCCAGGCUGGCAUCCCAAUCACUCUGGGUGCUGCCGCCCAGAACGGCGGUGCCGGCAUCACGGCCACCCUGCUGGGCUCCGUGGGGUCGACCCACGGCAACUCGAUGGGUGCCCGCACUCUCAUGCCUGCCAUCCGCUGCGCGGGCACUUCGUGCACCAUCGACGCCCCGCCCAACGCCCACGUCUGCCCUCCCGGCUGGUACCAGCUCUUCAUCCUCGACGGUGGCGUGCCGGCGGUUGGUGUCUAUGUCCGCAUCGGUGGCGACCCCGCCGGUCUGGGCAACUGGCCUACUGGCAGCACCUUUACCAAGCCUGGUAUUGGUCCCGUCCAGCAGUAAAUGUGGGCGCGGCUUUCACGUCCCGUCCUGCCUUUCCGCUCUUUGUCGCUUUUCCCUGUAGCCCAUAACUACGUAAUAGCAGGGCAUGUCUUUAGCGUUUCCUCUUAGAUAAUCAAUCAAUACCAGCCUGCGCUUCUUUGCUUCCUA